ACACCCGUCCGCACCGAGCCCAGCGAGCCCAGCCGUUGGUAACGGAGAAAAUGGCAGAGCGGCAACAACAGAAACACGAAGGCAGGGUAAAAAUCGGCCAUUACAUCCUCGGCGACACGCUCGGAGUGGGAACAUUCGGGAAAGUGAAGAUCGGCGAGCAUCAGUUGACAGGCCAUAAAGUGGCUGUAAAGAUCCUUAACAGACAGAAGAUCCGCAGUCUCGAUGUCGUUGGGAAGAUCAAACGAGAGAUCCAGAACCUCAAACUGUUCAGACACCCACACAUUAUCAAACUGUAUCAGGUGAUAAGUACACCCACAGAUUUCUUCAUGGUCAUGGAGUAUGUGUCUGGAGGUGAGCUGUUUGACUACAUCUGCAAACAUGGACGGGUGGAGGACACAGAAGCUCGCCGUCUAUUCCAGCAGAUUAUCUCAGCUGUGGACUACUGCCACAGGCACAUGGUGGUCCACAGAGACCUCAAACCUGAGAACGUCCUGCUAGAUGCCAGCAAGAACGCCAAGAUAGCUGACUUUGGUCUGUCAAACAUGAUGUCAGAUGGGGAGUUCUUACGGACGAGCUGUGGCUCACCCAACUACGCUGCUCCAGAGGUCAUCUCAGGAAGGCUCUAUGCAGGCCCAGAGGUGGAUAUCUGGAGCUGCGGGGUGAUCCUGUACGCCCUGCUGUGCGGCACUCUGCCCUUUGAUGAUGACCACGUCCCCACGCUGUUUAAGAAGAUCAGAGGAGGCGUCUUUUAUAUGCCAGAGUACCUGGCUCGUCCUGUGGCCUCGCUGCUCAUGUUCAUGCUGCAGGUGGACCCUCUGAAGAGAGCCACCAUCAAAGACAUCAGGGAAGAUGAGUGGUUCAAGCAGGACCUGCCAGGCUACCUGUUCCCUGAGGACCCAUCAUACGAUGCUUCAGUCCUAGAUGAAGAGGCCGUCAGGGAAGUUUGUGAGAAGUUUGAAUGCACUGAGACAGAGUUUGUGUCCAGCCUUUACAGCAGUAAUCCACAGGAUCAUCUGGCAGUAGCCUAUCACCUUAUAAUAGACAACCGGCGCAUCAUGACUCAGGCCAACGAGUUUUACUUGGCCUCCAGUCCUCCCCAGGGCUCCUUCAUAGAAGAGGGCAUGCCGCUGCCCCCCGGGGUUAAAGCCCACCCAGAGAGGAUGCCUCCGCUCCUGGCUGACAGUCCCAAGUCUCGUUGUCCUCUGGACGCUCUCAACACUACUCGGCCCAAACCCCUGGCAGUGAAGAAGGCAAAGUGGCACCUGGGUAUCAGGAGUCAGAGCAGACCCUAUGAUAUCAUGGCUGAAGUGUACAGGGCUAUGAGACAACUCAGCUUUGACUGGAAGGUGGUGAACCCAUAUCACCUGCGAGUGCGGAGGAAGAAUCCAGUGACGGGAAACUUGGUGAAAAUGAGCCUGCAGCUGUACCAGGUGGACAACAGAUCUUACCUGCUCGACUUCAAGAGCAUCGAUGAUGACAUCAUCGAGGCGGCAGGCUUUAAAUCGGGUUCGUCCACUCCUCAAAGGUCGGGCUCCACAGCCGGCCUCCACAGACCCAGACUGAGCAUCGACUUGGCGAGCCCUGCGAUUGAUCUGCCCCAGCUCAGCUCCUCUCUGCCGGGCUCCCUGUCCGGUAGCUCCCCUCUAUUCACCCCACGACAGGGAUCACACACCAUGGACUUCUUUGAAAUGUGUGCCAGUCUGAUCACCACACUGGCACGCUGAGACCUGUCCACUCCUGACCUCGCUGUAACCUGGAUGUCAGUGGGGUUUUUAAGCCAAUUGCUGAUCCGGGAUGUAGGGAGUGUAGAUGUUCGGCGGGACUUCCUCUUUCUGUCUCCUCUCCGUCUCUGUUCCAGUUGCGUUUAACUGGAACUGUGAAUGCCUGUCAGCUCAGAUUAAGGAGACAUAGAGAGGAAGCCUUUUUCAGAAAGGCAGAUAAAUAGCUUAUUUUGGGUUAUUUUGACACAGUCCUUGAGUCAGAGCCUUGGAGUUUAAACCUCCAGCUUAUGAAAACUGAUCCUGAGAUCUAUGAACUGGUGGAGGCCAGCAAAGUGAGAGGCAUCAGGUCACAGUUUACAGUCGUGUCGGAGUCAGAAUAGGUCAAGUUAACUCACUCCUCCCACAAAUACCUUCAAUCUAUUAUCAACUGCUGAAAUGUCAUCGCCCAACAUAUUACUGAAUGGAGGGAAACCCUGCUGAGUUUGCCCCAGACACUGAUCGGAGUACAGUUUUGCUUCUUAAAUGUGUGUUCUGAGGGAAGGUUGUAAAAUCCUAAUUCAGGUUAUAUAUUAUGUGGUUUGUAAAGAAAAGGCUUCUGUUAUUCAUGUAUAUUAUAUUUAUAUUACAAUCAUAUUACGUAGCUGAGGAGGUUGGCAAAGGUAUACCAAAUAUCAGACUUUAUACACCAUAAAGAAGAUGAUUAUUAUUUAGAUAUCAGAUCCAUAUUUAUUUUUGAAAGAUUAUUUUUUAGACACUAUAGUUAUAUUAUUUAGGCACAGAAUCAACACAGAGUUUUAUCCUGAUUUUUAAUAGAUUGUAGAAGAUUAAUGAACCUCGAGAGACAGCAGGGUGAUAAUACUCUGCGUGGCACUGACUGUUGACGCUCAGACACACACCAUCUCGUAUGACUUUUUACAACCACCAUAUUAUCGGACUACUUAUUCGUCUUAGUUAUGGACCAUCUCGUUGUAUUUCAAAGAUGCUGCGCAUAUCAUACACAUCUCUGCUAUUUAUUUUCCAUCUCAACCAUCACGUUAUAAAUUCAAUAACUGUCACACACACACACACACACACACACACACACACACACACACACACACACACACAGAGACUCUCCACUUCAGUUAACAAGUGACAAGUUGAGCAACUGUUAAUAUGCCGCUCACUCAUGCGUGUACAGAAUGCAAUUAAAACAAUAUCAGGGCGACAGACAUGGCAGUCAGUCACGUACACAUUAGGCUGCAGAAGACAGAAGCCAUGUGCUGUUUGUGAUGGAGAGUGUAUGAAUCUUUAGGGCUACAAUUAUUAUUCUUUUUCUCUUUUCUUUCUUCCGCCUUAAGCCUUUUAAAAUGAGAAAAAUGUCCAUCAGAAAUUAGAGCCUAAAUUGAGGCCUUAAAAUUGAUUUUCUCUGCAAAUGUUAUUUACCUGAUAAAUUACUUCAAUAGUCAAUCAAUUUUCAAAAUUGCUACUAAUCAUAUUCGCCGUAAUAAAGUUAACUAGCCCUGUGUCCGUGUGCGGGGAAAGAUAAUGAGGUGAUGAUGAUAAUCGAUAAAAGAGGAAGAUGACAAAUCCAUGUGAGCCGGUGUGUGUCUGCUGCAGGACAGUUCAAGCCACAGAAACCUUCCUCCAGCUGCCUUAAAGAAUGCAACACAGUCAUUCUGCGCAUGUGUUUAUGGAGAGUGUGUGCAUGGGCCAGUGUGUGUAGUGGAGAUCACGUGUGUAGAGUGUGUCACAUGAUCGUCAUGUUUCCUUACUGACUUUGUUGGGAGGAUCUUUGCAGUGCUUGGUGUUUUGGAGCUUUGGUCUUUAGCCGUGUCUUCUGUUGAGUCUGCACUCAUUUGCAGAUUUAGUGUUUUGUCACAUCACACUCUGGUUGAGGUUUAUAAAGCUUUACUGUACCUGUUGUUUCUGGUCCUAUGUUUUAUGAUGAAUGCUAUUACUUUUAUAAGUGUUCUGCAUUGUCUUGUCUCGUAUGUUUUCAAAAUCAUUUCUGACUGAAGUGAAAGCUGGAGCUGCUCAGAUCAAUCAAACUCCCGUCUGUCUUUCUCUGGGUCGGGGUGGGGGGGGGGGGUACAAAAGACAAACUCCAAAAUGGCCAAUCUUUAAUAUAUUCUCAUGUUGUAUUUAUCAUUGUUGUCACAGGCUUGGGGCAAAGAGUUGAGAUUUAUGAUAAAAGUGACAUGAAUAGAAUAUGUUUAAGAGAUAUGGGAUAACGUGUUGGAGGUUCACACACAGCGGUGCAGACUGGGACUAAUCAACCAGCUACGCUUUUAUUUGAGUACUUAGUUGGACAUAGUUUGUUCUAGUGUGUUACUCCGCUUCUGAAUCAUCAUCGUCUGCAUUGAGUUUGAAGUGGAGUCAGAUUGCCUUAUGAGAACAUUGUGAAGGCUUCUGGUUGAAACAGUGAAAGCCACAUUCUGGUUCCUCUGCUGAAACCCUUUAUUACAUGUAUUCUGUUUCUAUGUCCUGCGUAGGGUGGCCUUUCCUCUGUCACAUACACCACUGAAUAUACCUUGAUGCACACAUGCCACUGUGCACACAGCUUUGUAAACGCUGAUCCAUGUUCUUCAGUCAAACCUCUGUAUUACUCUAUUGCUGUGUCUUAAAUGACUGGUGUGUAGUGAGCUACUUUGGUCACAUCGGGAUUACAUCCGGCCGCUAUGCAUCCAUUCCUGAUCCUGCUGCACGUGACAACAAUAUCAAAUAUUGAUCAAAGAAUUGUCUUGGAGAGGUCAUGGGUCGUGUUAAAAAAAACUCCUCCUAUAACCAGUAUUUACUGUCCGAUGUAGUACUGUACCAUUACAACUGUAUGCAACUACCAGUGGCAUGUUAGUCAUGUAAACUCUAAUCUAAUCUGUGUUUAGAGCUGGGGAACACAUGCCGGGGGGACUAAUCUAAUACAGACCGAGUACUUCAGCAGCAAGGUCGUGCUCUCUGUCGAUCUGUGCUGGGGUUCUUAUGAUAAGUGUAACCUUGAAUACCCCAGUGUGUGUGUGUGUGUGUGUGUGUGUGUGCACACUGGUUAUCAUGAAAUAAUGUGUAUAAGUGUGUGUGUGGAUGUCACAGUGUGUUUCAACCGUCUCUCCCUGUCUCUGUCUGAUUGGGGUUUGAAUUUCUCUUGUUAUGCACUGCAUGAUAUUGUUGUUAUGAUUUGCACUUUAAUGAGUAUUUAUUGAAAAACAAUAAACAAACAUAUAAAAGGAAAA